GCAUCUCUAUAUAAUUUUAGUAUACAUUUUUUUAUUGUUUGAAAAGGAAAUAAAUAAUUACUAACUAGAACCUAAAGUAGGAAUAAUAGUCAUGUGAUCAAAUGUAAAACUAUGUGAAAGCAUGGUGUGAUUAUUUUCCUAGAAGUGAAAGUGGAACUCUGACAGUUUGGACCGGAAAAGGAAAAUGGCAUCUAAUUUUACGGAGGAGGAUUUCUCCUGUCCUGUGUGCUGUGACAUCUUCAAGGAUCCUGUUUUACUGCACUGCAGUCACAGUGUCUGUAAAGUGUGUCUGGAAAAGUUCUGGGAGGUCAAACAAGCAAGAGAAUGUCCUGUUUGCAGAAAAAGAUCAUUCAUGAAGGAUCCUCCCUUAAACUUGGCGUUAAAGAACCUGUGUGAGUCUUUCUUACAGGAGAGACGUCAGCAAGGUUCAUCAGUGUCUGAAACAAUCUGCAGUCUGCACAAUGAGAAACUCAAACUCUUCUGUCUGGAUGAUCAACAGCUGGUGUGUUUGGUGUGUCGAGAUUCAAGAAAACACAGCGACCACAAAUUCUGCCCCAUUGAUGAGGCAGCAACAGACUUUAAGGAGCAGCUCAAAACUGCACUGAAGCCCCUACUGGAGAAGCUGAAGAACAUUAAAGACUGUAAACUGAACUGGAGUCAGACUGCAAAACAUAUAAAGAGUCAAGCCCAACACACAGAGCAUCAGAUUAAGGAGCAGUUUGAGAAGCUUCACCAGUUUCUACAAGAUGAAGAGGCAGUCAGGAUCGCUGCACUGAAAGAGGAAGAGGAACAGAAGAGUCAGAUGAUGAAGGAAAAGAUUGAGAAGCUGAGCAGAGACAUAUCAUCUCUUUCAGACACAAUCAGAGCCAUAGAAGAGGAGAUGAGUGCUGGAGACAUCCCGUUCUUAAAAAACUACAAGGACACAGUGAAAAGAGCCCAGUGCACCCUGCAGCAUCCAGAGGAGCUUUCAGGAGCACUGAUCCAUGUGGCAAAACAUUUGGCCAACCUGAAGUUCAGAGUCUGGGAGAAGAUGCAGGACUCUGUCCAAUACACUCCUAUAACUCUGGACACCAACACUGCUCAUCCUAAACUCAUUGUAUCUGAUGAUCUGACCCAUGUGAGAUGCAGUGAUGGGAGACAAGAGCUUCCUGAUAAUCCAGAGAGAUUUGAUGGAUUACAAUGUAUCCUCGGCUCUGAGGGCUUUAACUCAGGCACACACUGCUGGGAUGUUCAAGUUGGAGACUGCACACUGUGGAUAGUGGGUGUGAUGACAGAAUCUGCUCAGAGAAAGAAAGAUAUAUUGAACAGAAGAGGAAUGUGGUAUGUGGUGUUUAAGAUCAGUGAGUAUAGAGCACGUUCUACACCACAACCGUCCACACCCCUCUCAAUAGCACAGAAAAUCCAGAGGAUCAGAGUGCACCUGGACUGGGAUGAAGGGACUGUGUCAUUCUCUGACCCUCUGACUAAUACACACCUAUGUACAUUCACACACAGAUUUACUGAGAAAUUGCUGCCACUUCUAUCUACUGCGUGUUUAAUGUCUCCCUUAAAAAUCCUCCCAUUUAAAUGCAAUGUAUGAGUGAAGUGUUAGAGCUGCAUCAGAGUAAAAUAUUUAAAUCCAAAUUGGAGGAAGGGUUUAGGAAUUACAGCUCUUGAGAGUAGCUACCCCCCCUUUUUCAAGGGACCAAAAGUAAUUGGACAAAAGCUGUUUCAUGGACAGUUGUAGGCUAUUUCUUCAUUAUUUUGUCAUCAAUUAAGCACGUAAAAUGUCUGAAGUUGAUUCCAAGUGUGGUAUUUGCACUUGGAAUCUGUUGCUGUGAACCUACAUCAUGCGUUCAAAGGAGCCGUCCAUGCAAGUCAAACAGGCCAUCAUUAGGCUUUAAAAACAAAACAAAUCCAUCAGAGAGCUAGCAGGAACAUUAGGAGUGGCCAGAUCAACAGUGUGGAACAUUCUGAGAAAAAAAAGAAUGCAAUAGUGAGCUAAACCCAUUCACAACAUUCAGCCAAGUGAAGGACACUCUCCAGGAGGUAGGCGUGUCAUUGUCAAAGUCUGCAAUCAAGAGAUGACUUCACAAGAGCAAAUACAGAGGGUUCACCACAAGGUGCAAACCAUUCAUAAGCCUCAAGAGCCUUCUAAAAAAGCCUGACCAGUUCUAGAAAAGCAUCCUUUGGACAGAUGAAACUAAGAUCAACCUUGAAGGCUUGGAACAGCUCGUGAUUCAAAGCAUACGUCAUCUGUAAAACAUAGUGGAGGCAGUGUAAUGGCAUGGGCAUGCAUGGCUUCUAGUGGCACUAGGUCACUGGUGUUUACUGAUGAUGUGACAGAAGACAGAAGCAGUCGGAUGAAUUCUGAAGUGUAUAGGAAUAUACUGUCUGCCCAGAUUAAGCCAAAUGCAGCAAAGCUGAUUGGAUGGCAUUUCACAGUACAGAUGGACAAUGAUCCAAAACACACUGCAAAAGCAACCCAGGAGUUUUUUAAGGAAAAGAAAUGGAAUAUUCUUCAAUGGCCAAGUCAAUCACCUGAUCUCAAACCGAUUGAACAUGCAUUUCACUUGCUGAAGGCACAACUAAAGACAGCUGAAGUUAAGACCUGGCAAAGCAUUAGAAAGGAGGAAACCUAGUCUCUGGUGAUGUCAUUGCCUGCAAAGGAUUUUCAACAAAAUAUUUAAAAAGAACAUUUUAUUUAUGAUUAUAUUCAUUUGUCCAAUUACAUUUGAGCACCUGAAAAUGGGGGGACUGUACAUAAAAAUGUUUGCAGUUCCUGAACCUUUUACUUGAUAUUUUUGUUUAACCGCUUGAAUUAAAGCUGAACGUCUGCUCUUCAAA